CGAAAAGGUGAGUCCGCUUUUCCAGAUCUUUCCUUCCCUCUCGGAGCUCUUUCACCGUCGGAUCGCUUUGUUGCUUCCCGCCAUUGGCGAGCUCUUCGUCGUUCUCUUUGAUUCGGUUCAUCAGUGUCUCAUCGGGUCGUCAAUUAUGUGUCAUCGCUGAAUUCCGAUCGCGGAGGGAGUGAGGAAGAUAUCUCAGUUGCGCCAGUUGAAAAUGGGCGCUCAGAACAAUCUCGACAUGGAGGAGGGAACGCUGGAGAUCGGAAUGGAGUACAGGACGGUCUCUGGAGUUGCUGGGCCUCUGGUUAUUCUGGAAAAAGUCAAGGGACCCAAAUACCAAGAGAUUGUGAAUAUCAGAUUGGGGGAUGGGACAACCAGACGUGGCCAGGUUUUGGAAGUCGAUGGUGAGAAAGCUGUUGUUCAGGUGUUUGAAGGAACAUCUGGGAUUGAUAACAAGUUCACAACUGUGCAAUUCACUGGAGAGGUUUUGAAAACUCCUGUCUCUUUGGAUAUGCUUGGCCGUAUCUUCAAUGGUUCCGGAAAGCCUAUUGAUAAUGGCCCUCCUAUCUUGCCCGAGGCUUACCUGGAUAUUUCUGGAAGUUCCAUUAAUCCCAGUGAAAGAACUUACCCUGAAGAGAUGAUUCAGACUGGGAUUUCAACCAUUGAUGUCAUGAAUUCUAUUGCUAGAGGGCAAAAGAUUCCUCUUUUUUCUGCUGCUGGUUUGCCCCAUAAUGAAAUUGCUGCUCAGAUUUGUCGUCAAGCUGGUUUGGUUAAGCGGUUAGAGAAGUCUGACAAUCUUCUUGAGGGUAGUGGAGAAGACGACAAUUUCGCUAUUGUAUUUGCAGCCAUGGGUGUUAACAUGGAGACUGCUCAGUUUUUCAAACGUGAUUUUGAGGAGAAUGGGUCCAUGGAGAGAGUUACACUUUUCCUUAACUUGGCAAAUGACCCCACAAUUGAGCGUAUCAUUACACCCCGUAUUGCUCUUACUACUGCAGAGUAUUUGGCAUAUGAAUGUGGAAAGCAUGUUCUUGUCAUUCUUACCGAUAUGAGUUCCUAUGCUGAUGCCCUUCGUGAGGUCUCCGCUGCCAGAGAAGAAGUGCCUGGAAGACGUGGAUAUCCUGGGUAUAUGUACACUGAUUUGGCUACAAUCUACGAGCGUGCUGGACGUAUUGAAGGACGCACUGGGUCUAUCACUCAGAUUCCAAUUUUAACUAUGCCCAAUGAUGAUAUCACACAUCCUACUCCUGAUCUUACUGGGUAUAUCACUGAGGGGCAAAUAUACAUUGAUAGGCAACUUCAUAACAGACAGAUUUAUCCUCCAAUCAAUGUUCUUCCAUCUUUGUCUCGUCUGAUGAAGAGUGCCAUUGGUGAGGGAAUGACUCGUCGCGACCACUCUGAUGUCUCCAAUCAGCUGUAUGCAAAUUAUGCUAUUGGAAAGGAUGUUCAGGCAAUGAAAGCCGUGGUGGGAGAAGAAGCUCUUUCAUCAGAAGAUUUGCUGUACUUAGAGUUCUUGGACAAGUUCGAGAGGAAGUUUGUUGCCCAAGGAGCUUACGACACCCGCAACAUCUUCCAAUCCCUCGACUUGGCAUGGACGCUGCUCCGCAUCUUCCCUCGCGAGCUGCUCCACCGUAUACCCGCCAAAACUCUGGACGCAUUCUAUAGCCGGGACUCGACCAACUGAGCCACCACUCAACUCCAUUCCUAGACUUGUUUUUGGGUCGAGCACCACGACUGCCCCGUGACAGCAUAUUCCGAGAAGCAAGAGUAAUAAAAGCAAAUAUUGAGUCUGAAGCUUUGUUCUGCCAGUUUAUAUAUUUGUUUUGUAAUUUAUUUUUGUGCUAUUAGUUGGUGAUUCCCAGUUCUGGCUUGUUGGACAUGACUUAUUUUCUCUCGGUAGUUUUAAGAGAGUCAGGGCGCCGGCUGUUAGAUAGUAAAAGCACCAUUUUCAUGAGACAGCUUCUCUUCUCUUGCCUGCCCUUUUUUCUCGUGUAAGCUGAACUGCCAAAUUGAUUCUUUUUGGACAUUUUUUGUAAGAGCACAGAGUCCCUUUUUCUUCCCUUUCUGCGUUGGUUUCUGGUUCGCUGCGUAUUUCGAUAGUAAUGUUGCCAGUUUGCAGGAGCAUUGCCAUCGUCGAUGAUUUUAGUGAACUUAAUGCGCGUUUGGCAAAUGGGUCGAGUUUGUGGAUUGCUGCUCGGUUCUAUGUAAAUGAGAAUGUCGAGGAUAAAGAAUCGUAUCAUG